ACUUUGACCAAAUUCCACUCUCAACAAUGGCCUGUGUGACUCUUAAGAGACGUGGAGGUGAAAUGAAGCUUACAUAACCUCAGUCCCAAUGUGGGCCUCUGCUACAUUCUUCCUCUCGUGCCGUGGCCCGCGAAGGAGCCCAGACAGGUAUCACGCACGGAGCUCAGCCAGAAAUCCGCUCCUGCGCAAAAAGUGGUUUUCCAAUAACUCCUGGUCAUAACGCGGCGCGCCCACGGGAGGAAAAGUAGCGAACCUCAAACAGACUCGCCGCCUCAAACUCCCCUCGUGACCCUCCCCGCCUCCUCUCCGCUCGCGCGACCUUCUAGCGGUCAGGCACUCCGCCCCUCCUAACCGCUCUGUCACUCUGUCUCGCGCAGCCAAUCGCGCAGUCUUCUGCCACUUUUCCCCACCUCCUUGUCCUCCUGGGAGUGAGGGGAGAGGGCUGCGCGCUGAAUACUAGAGGGUUGUGUGUAUGUGAGGAGAAUUGAACGGUUGAACUUUUUUCCGCGCCGAGUUUUUGCUGCGCUGAGACUUCGUCACCGCCUUCCUUUCCUUUGGCUACGUGAAACGGUGCAUUUGUACGCGGUGCAGAGUGUUUAGUGUCGGGGUUGUUUUUUUCUCCCGCACCCGACUGCACACAAAGCCAUGGGGUUUCAGGAGCCCGGCGUUCCUUUGACUCUCCUUCUUUGGAUUACCGCUUCCUGGGGUUGCCUCCCCGGCUGCGCUGCCUGGGCUGGAGAAACGGCAGCGGCGGCUCUCCAGCAGGAUGAGUUCUCCUCCGCCACCAGUAUUUAUGGAGCUAGAUGCAGCUCCAGGUGUCUCAGCUUGCAGAUUACGCGUAUCUCCGCCUUUUUCAAGCAUUUUCAGAAUAAUAGUUCCUUGGUUUGGUGUCAGAAUCACAAACAAUGUUCAAAGUGUUUGGAACCUUGCAAAGAGUUCUGGGAUCUGAAGAAAAACCAUUGCCAAAAUUUUUGUGAGCCUCUUUUCCCCAGGAAGAACCAUGAAUGUCUAACUAGCUGUGAGUUCCUGAAAUACAUCCUGUCAGUGAAGCAAGGAGAUUGCCCAGCACCUGAGAAGGCCAGUGGCUUCGCAGCUGCCUGUGUUGAAAGUUGUGAGGCUGACAAUGAAUGCUCUGGGGUGAAAAAAUGCUGUUCUAAUGGAUGUGGACAUACAUGUCAAGUGCCCAAAAAUCUUUAUAAAGGUGUUCCUUUAAAACCCAGAAAGGAAUUAAAAUUUAGUGAACUUCAGUCUGGACAUCUGGAAAUUAAAUGGUCUUCAAAAUUCAAUAUCUCCAUUGAACCUGUGCUGUAUGUGGUACAAAGGAGAUGGAAUUAUGGGAUUCAUCCCAGUGAGGAUGAUGCAACAAGUUGGCAAAUUGUAGCACAGACCACAGAUGAGCGAUUACAACUGACUGACAUCAGACCCAGCAGGUGGUACCAGUUUAGAGUGGCAGCCAUAAAUGUACAUGGAACAAGAGGUUUUACAGCUCCCAGCAAACACUUUUACUCCUCAAAAGAUCCAUCAAAUCCACCUGCUCCAUCCAAUCUCAGGAUUGCCAAUUCUACAGUAAACAGUGAUGGAAGUAUAAACAUAAGGAUUUUUUGGGAUGUCCCAGAGGAACCUGAUAUUCCAGUCCAUCAUUACAAAAUCUUUUGGAGCUGGACUGUGAGAAGCAAGGCUCUUCUCCAAGCAAAAAAGAAGAGAAGGAAGACUACAGAUGGAUCUCAAAAUUAUGUGAUCCUUGAACACCUUCAACCCAACAGAAAUUACAUGGUGGAACUCCAGGCAGUUACAUACUGGGGUCAAAUACGACUGAAAAGUGCAAAAGUGUCUCUCUACUUUAAUUCUACUCAGACAACUAUCAACAACAAAGAAUGGAUAUCUACCAUUGGUAAAGCUAGUGAUGUUUCAUUCUUCAAAGGAAGUAGACUUAAUCAUCUUCUUGAAAUUGGAGUACCUUUUUUCCAAGAUGACCAACUUCAAGUGAAAGUCUACUGGAAGAAAACAGAAGAUGCCAUCAGCAGGGAAGGAUAUCAUGUUCAGUGGUUCCCAGAAUUAUGUUCUUACAACAAUACCGAAGAGCUUGAAAAAUUCAAUGAUGUAACAUAUGAAAACUAUAUAAUUCUUCAGAACCUGUCCUUUUCGUGCAAGUAUAAUGUUACAGUUCAGCCAGUAAGAUCCAUUGGUCAAUUGAAAUCUGAAAGCAUUUUCUUUAUGACUCCACCUUGUUCUUAUCUAAAAGGGAAAAAACACAAGCAUGUAAGCUGUGUGGCUAAAGGAGAUCCUGUUAUCUCAAAAGUAUUGGCAAAACCAGAGAAUCUUUCUGCUUCUUUCAUUGUUCAGGACAUUAAUAUUACAGGCUAUUUUUCCUGGAAAAUAUCAAAAGCAAAUCUUCACCAACCAAUGACAGGGUUUCAAGUCACUUUGGCAGAAGUCACUACAGAAAGCAGGCAAAACAGCUUACCAAACAACAUUAUCUCCCAAUCACAAAUAUUGUCAGUAGAUCACCAUAUGUUGACAGUAUCCAACCUAAGACCAUCAACUCUUUACCGUUUAGAGGUUCAAGUGUUAACCACAAGUAGUGAGGGACCAGCUACAAUAAAAUCAUUUCAAACACCCAAUUUGCUAAUAUCAACACAGAGACCUCAUCAGAAGCAGCACCAUCCAUGUCACUACAAACCACUCCCUGAAAAAUACUAAGUUGCCACAAAUUAUUAACCAGUUGGAAAACAAUGCAAAGAAGUUCUUGAAAGACCAGAAAAAUCCAUCUUUAUUGAAUUGUGGAAUAAGCUACUGUUUUAAUUAAUGUUUACCAAGUAUGAGAUGUAUAUAAAUCUAUAUGGAAUGAAUGAAGAAAGCAUGUUUGUACUAAUUUUGGUAUAUAGUACAGUAUAUAAUGUGAGGAUCAGCUGUAUUCUUAUUAUCAGAACAAUCAAUAUCUAUGGAAAUGUAAAUAUUUUCAUAUAUAUAAUUAUAGCAAUUACCUGUUACUGUAGCAUAUGCUACACGACACCCUGCUUUAUCACUUCUUAUUAAUAUCUUUACAUAGCUUUUUAAACAGAUGUAAACCAUGCAUUUAAACCUAAGUUAUCUGUGGCUGAUACAGAAAAAAACAUAACAAUCCCUGUCCAUUUCAUGAUACAUAGUCACAUGAUCUAAUAAUAUCUAUUUAGUAACCGAGUAGAAUUUCAAUAUUCUACCUAAUUUGCUUUCAGAAAUCCCAUUAAAUGGAGAAAGAUUCCUGUCCAUUUGAGGAAGAAACAUUAUCUUGUACCCAUGAAGUAAACAUGAGAGUUUAAGUGGAGAUUGUUUUUCCCAAGUUAUGAAGAACAAUAAUCAAACUGUUGUUUUUUUCAGACUGGGAACUGAAACCAGAUGAAGUACUUAAAUUAACACUACAACACUAAUUGAAAUGUAAAUAACGUCUGUCUCAUGGCUAGAUGCUACUAAUAUCAUCGAAUACAUCACAAAAUGGAUGAAUAUAAGCUAGGGUUGAGGUUAAGUUUUUUGAACUAGACUUUUAUUUUAGAAGUAGUUUGUCAUGUGAGGUCUAGGGUCUUUUACAUCUGGGAGCUAUAAGUUAUUCCAUGACAUUUUGAAACAUAGGAAGCCAAAACAGUUUUCCAGUAUUUCUUCUGGACUUCUUUCUCAUUACCACUUCCCAUUCUCAUUACAGGAAUUGCCUCAUGCUAGUUCCUGGGAGUCUCCCUUCUACCAUCAUCUGUUGCCACCCUCUUGGUAUCUCACAGUCACACUUUAUUUAUGCAGAUAAUGGCCUACUAUAGGAUUGUGGUGAUGGUGAUGGUGGUGGAAAUAAAUGCAAGUGAGGGAAGAUGGAGGGAAGAAUAGCAGAAAAGGUUUUUGUACACUACCACAAGAUAGCAGAAAGGAAUUGCAGCUGGCAAAAUGUAAAUUCUAUAGAAGAAGCAAUUGAUACUGCAAAGUUAUGUCAGAAAGGAAGAGAAUCUAGACAUUUUAUAGUUACCCUUUUCAGUAUGUGACCACCAAUAAAGAUAUUUCUCUGCAUAUUUCUCUGCAUCCAACAAUAUGGAUGUCCCACUCAGAAGGAGCUUGUUUUUCAUUUCACUAUAGGAAUAUCUUUGCGCAAAUAGAAGGAUGUUUAUCUGAUUACUCAGGAAAACUGAAUCCUCAUACAGGGAGAAGAUUGUAGGGCACGUGUUGACCAAGUCAUGAUGUCAGAAUUAUUUUAUUAAAUACUAAAAUAUUGACAACAUCAAUUGAAUUAAGCUAAAUCUGAAAAUUUCCUGCAUCUCUACUUUAAACAAAACUUUAUUGAAUUAAACAAUGAAGUAUAGGGAACUUCAUGGAGAACUUUAUUAACUAAGUAUUUACCACAUGUUUUUAGAUUUAAUUUUCUUUCCUCUUGUUCAUUAGAAAAAAAAUUAGCAUCCUGUAUUCUUAGAGAAACAUUAUCCCUCCAGUACAUGCUUUGAUUUAUAUCAAGUUAAAGGAAAAACAAUGCUGUUCAUAGUCACUGGAGCAGAAAAUUAAAGGGUAGUCACAGUUUUUUGCAUACAUGUUUAAUCAAUCAUAAUACAUAUGAUUUUUUAUUUUCAUAAAUAAAAUUAAGAAUAUCCUGCUUUCUUAAAGAAAAAAAAGAGGCCAAAUAAAUGUUUUUGAAGAGCACACAGGAAAGCAAAGAAAACAAUGACUUUGAAUUAUUUCAGAAAAUUUAUGGUUCUUGUGAGCAUAUGUGUCAACUAAAACUGAAUAAGGAAAACGAAGAAUUUCCAAGCCUUGGAGUUCUGCUUUAUUUGUCUCUGUCUGUUGGAACCUUGACAUUAUGUUUGAUAGCUUGAAUAUGCAGAUACAAUUAGAGAAGAUUUGGACAUAUUCAUUACUUGCUACAAUAUCUGUAAAGACUUGCAUGCAUAAAAUAUGCUUAAGAGUCUAUAUACAAUAUGGACUGGUUUCCGUUUAGAUCAGACAUGUCAAACACAAGGCCCGGGGGCCAGAUGGGGCCCGCAAAGUGGUUUCAUGUGGCCUGCGAAGCCAUCCUGGAAGGGAACGGCCCCUGCUGCCUUGGCCCUGGCCUAGGCUGGCCAGGAGCCAAUGUACAAUUUUGUGGUGGCCAUCUAUGCUGAAACAAAUUCAGUCUUAGCUCCACAAGGCCGUCUAGAAACAGCGAGGAACCAGCCCCUGCUGUGUCAGUUCCGCUCUCUGGAUACAUGCUGGAGAGUUGUCACCCUUUGUGAGGAAUGAAGAAAUGGACCAUGCCUUGGCGCUUGUCCUGGUCUCACCCCCUUCUGCCAGAGACCCUCAAAUCUGUCCCAAUCUUGCCCAGGCCCGCACAGGCACCCUUGAU